AUGUUGGGCCCUGGCAGUGGUCAUGGACGUGUCAGCAAGUACUUCGACCUCUCGAAGGUGGAGACAGGCGUGUUCUGGAACAUGGCGGAAUGCCCGAUCCCUGAGGGUAUGGAUAUUACUACUCUUGUAGGCAACAUUACCAAGUCCCUUAAAGCAGAAGGUUUUAAUGGAAGGAUCACCGUCUAUGCUUAUGAUCAUAUAUCUCACGAAGAACGAAGCUAUAACGAUGCCAACGUGAUUGCUAGUCGCUUACACUCAGGAGAUGCUGAUGCGAAUCUCAGGCUGACUAUAUCCAGCUUUCUUUGCUGGGCACUGAGGCGUCCUGCACCAGCAAAUAUAAUGGUCAUCGUCAAAGACAUAACGGUGCAUUCUGGGAUCAUCAGAGCUUUUGACCGAGUGACGAGGAAACGAUACAAUUGUAUGGUAGCACAGCAGGUGGAGUCAAGGGAGCCCUUUGACGAUUCUAUAGAUAAAGCAUGGCUUUGGGAUCACCUUGCUUUUGGAAAACCUGCUCUCUCCCCACCACUUACCAGUAGCUCUACCUCACACUCACAGGGUGACAAGUCUAUGCAAACACAAUUUAUGGAACUAAAACUCAAGGAGAUCUCAAGUGACGAGGCUGAUGGUUAA